GCAGUUGGCUGGGGCGGGGGCUGGGGCCAGACCGUUAUAAAGCUGGCGCACCCGGGAGUCACCCGCCCCAGUCCACAGCCCGCCAGGCCCCACCUCUACCACCAUGUCCACCCACCGCCUUGUGAUGGUUCGGCACGGCGAGAGCACCUGGAACCAGGAGAACCGCUUCUGUGGUUGGUUCGACGCAGAGCUGAGCGAGAAGGGGGCUGAGGAGGCCAAGAGGGGGGCCCAGGCCAUCAAGGACGCAAAGAUGGAAUUUGACAUCUGCUACACGUCAGUGCUGAAGCGGGCCAUACGCACCCUCUGGACCAUCCUGGACGGGACAGACCAGAUGUGGCUGCCCGUGGUGCGUACCUGGCGCCUCAACGAACGGCACUACGGGGGUCUCACUGGCCUCAACAAGGCAGAGACGGCCGCUAAGCACGGGGAGGAGCAGGUGAAGAUCUGGAGGCGCUCCUUUGACAUCCCACCACCCCCCAUGGAUGAGAAGCACCCCUACUACCACUCCAUCAGCAAGGAGCGUCGGUAUGCAGGCCUGAAAGCUGGGGAGCUGCCCACGUGUGAGAGCCUCAAGGACACCAUUGCACGGGCCCUGCCCUUCUGGAAUGAUGAGAUCGCCCCUCAGAUCAAGGCUGGCAAGAGAGUGCUCAUUGCAGCCCACGGGAACAGCCUACGGGGAAUCGUCAAGCACCUGGAAGGGAUGUCGGACCAGGCCAUCAUGGAGCUGAACCUGCCCACGGGGAUCCCCAUCGUGUACGAGCUGGACCAGGCGCUGAAGCCCACCAAGCCCAUGCGUUUCCUGGGGGACGAGGAGACCGUGCGGAAGGCCAUGGAAGCUGUGGCCGCCCAGGGAAAGGCCAAGUGAAGGGCGGGCUCUGGCAAUAAAGGCACCUCCUUCCACA